AUGGCGGCAGCAACGUUCAGAUAUAUAGUCCAACUACACAAGGAUGUGCCAAAAGCAGCUAGAUUUUACUCGGAAGGAUUGGGAUUCACCAUUAAUGUCUGCACUAUCCGGUGGGCCGAGCUCCAUUCCGGCCCUCUCAAGCUCGGCCUCUUGCACUCCCCCCGUGAUCAUGUUGAGCAAAAAGGAUACUCGUCACUCCUAUCUUUUACAGUGACUGAUAUCAACAGUACGGUGACAAAACUGAUGGCUUUGGGCGCAGAGAUGGAUGGUCCAAUCAAAUACGAGGUCCAUGGAAAGGUUGUGGCCAUGAGGACGAGAUUAUUUCACAGAAGUCGGGCACACAUCGAAAAAACCAUGUAUACUGUUCAAAAUUUGAAAUGUCGAGGUAGUAAAAGGAAGGUGUCCAGGAUGCAUGAGCUGUGCAAUUUUGUAGAUUCAAGGGAUCAUGAUUGUUAA